GGGCCGGAGCGGCGUUGGGGAGCGUGGGCUUGCAGGCUAGGAGGCCUGCGCCUUUAAGGGGCGGGGCUGCGCCCUCUGUGGCAGACGCGGAUUGGACUGGAAGGGGUCUUCGGAAGUGAUGCACCGAGAAGCCCACGUGUGCGGUUCCAUCCCACAUGGCGGUGCUUCUGAAGAGGCUGCUGCAGUCGGCGAGGGCCCCCGCGGCCUUGGGCCGCCGCGUAGGACGGCGCGAGGCCAGCAUGGGCACUGAUCCCGGGGCUGCAGUGAGGGUGCGGUUCGCCCCCAGCCCCACAGGCUUCUUGCACCUGGGUGGCCUACGCACUGCAUUAUACAACUAUAUCUUUGCCAAGAAGCACCAGGGGAGCUUCAUCCUCAGGCUGGAAGACACGGAUCAGACCCGCCUUGUGCCUGGGGCAGCAGAGAAUAUUGAAGACAUGCUGGAGUGGGCAGGCAUCCCCCCAGACGAGAGCCCCCGCCGGGGAGGUCCAGUGGGGCCGUACCAGCAAUCCCAGCGACUUGAGCUCUACGCCCGGGCCACGGAAGCGUUGCUGGAGUCCGGCGCUGCUUACCCCUGCUUCUGCUCACCACAGCGCCUGGAGCUCCUGAAGAAGGAGGCCCUGAGGAAUCACCAGACGCCCCGGUAUGACAAUCGGUGCCGGAACCUGAGCCAGGGGCAGGUGGCCCAGAAGCUAGCCACAGGCCCCAAACCUGCUAUCCGCUUCCGCCUGGAUGGGGAGGCACCAGCCUUCCAGGACCUGGUGUAUGGCUGGAAUCGGCAUGAAGUAGCUAGUGUGGAGGGGGACCCGGUCAUCCUGAAGAGCGAUGGCUUUCCCACAUACCACCUGGCAUGCGUGGUGGACGACCACCACAUGGGCAUUAGCCACGUGCUGCGGGGCUCCGAGUGGCUGGUCUCCACCUCCAAGCAUCUACUUCUGUACCAGGCCCUGGGCUGGCAGCCACCUCGCUUUGCCCACCUGCCCCUGCUCCUCAAUAGGGAUGGCAGCAAGCUGUCCAAGAGGCAAGGAGACAUUUUCCUGGAGCAUUUUGCUGCUGCCGACUUCCUGCCAGAUGCCUUGCUGGACAUCAUCACCAACUGUGGCUCCGGGUUUGCAGAGAACCAGAUGGGCAGGACCCUGCCUGAGUUGAUAACACAGUUUGACCUGACCCGGGUCACCUGCCACUCAGCCCUGUUGGACCUGGAGAAGCUCCCGGAAUUUAACAGGCUGCACUUGUGUCGGUUGGUGAGCAGUGAGACCCAGAGACGCCAGCUGGUGGGGAAGCUGCAGGCCCUGGUGGAGGAGACGUUCGGCAGCCAGCUGCGAGACAGGGAUGUCCUGGACCCAGCCUACGUGGAGAGGAUCAUCCUGCUGAGACAGGGUCACAUUUGCCGCCUGCAGGAUUUGGUCUCCCCGGCACAUUCCUACCUGUGGACUCGCCCUGCCGUGGGCCGAGCGCAGCUGGGCGCCAUCUCGGAGAAGGUGGACUUGAUUGCCGAGCGUGUGCUGGGGCUUUUAGAAGGACCCGGUAUGAGCUUAACUCAGGACGUGCUGAAUGGAGAACUGAAGAAGGUAUCAGAAGGUCUGGAGGGGACCAAACACAGCAACGUGAUGCAAGUCCUCCGAGUGGCCCUCAGUGGACAGCGGCAAGGACCUCCGGUAGCUGAGAUGAUGGUGUCCUUGGGAGCGAAGGAAGUACGGGAACGAAUACAGAAGGUGCUUUCCAGCUAGAGAGAAGAUAUGACAGAGGAAGAGGCAGCCCUAGGAACCUGGACGUGCAUGGAAAUUGCCUUCAGAGCAAAGCAGAAGGGGCCUGGGGUCCAUCAGGAAGCUCACAGAAGGAAUCCCGAGUGGAAACGGUCUCUGGGUGCACCCAGUGCGUUUAUGGCUUCCUCUCACCUCGUGCUUGGUUCUGACACCACAUUACACAGCACAGGUUAGGAGCUGGUUCACGAGGGCUUGUGUCAUAUUCAGCUCAGGCUCCCGUAAUGGCUUAAACAAGAGAAAGUUACUUCCUCACAGUUCUGGAGUCUGGAAGUCCCAAGUUCAAGGUGUCAGCAGAUGUGGCUUCCCAGAGGCCUCUCUCCUUGGCUUGCCAUUGGCCACCUUCUCUCUGUGUCCUCACGUGGUCUUUCCUCAGUGUGUGCUCUUGGUGUCUCUCUGGGUGUUCAGAUCUCUUCUUAUGAGGACACGGGUCAGAUUGGAUUAAAGCCUACCCUCAUGGCCCAAUUUUAACUCACCUCUUUAGAAGUCCUGUCUCCACACACAGUCACAUUCUGAGGUCCUGGGGGUUAGGGCUUCGGCGUAGGAGUGUUGAGGGGAUGCAGUGCAGCCCCUAACAGCUUGGCAUCUCCCUGGACUCACGGGUCGCAGUGUUCAGGCCCCGCUUGUAGGUGAAGCAGUAAAAGAUGAAUGACACCAGCAGGGCUGAACUGGAUGGCAGAUUCUCUGUAAAAGAAGUGACUCACUUGUAAAAGAAGUGACCGUCUGCCGAGGGCGAGCACUACGCUUUAUACCAGUCUUACACACUCUGCUUUGUCCUUGUAUUCGGGCGCCUGUGUCUCCUUCUCUAAAGGCCCUUUCUUCCUCUUUUCUAGUUCUCCAGACCUGGUCCUCGGACUGGAGACCUUCAUCCCCCCUGUUUUACACCUUUUUCUUCAUACCUACCUCCUCCUUCUGCCCAUUCUUGUAAGUCAUUGUCUGCGGGUUUCUGAAAUAAGAUGUUCUUUUUUUUUUUUUUUUUUUUUAACUUUUAUUUAAGUAAUCUCUGCACCCACCAUGGGGCUUGAACCCACAACCCCGAGAUCAAGAGUCACAUGCUCUUCCGACUGAGCCAGCCAGGUGCCCCUGAAAUAGGUGUUUUCAUUGGGGUGAAUAGGAAUAGCUAAAGAGAAAGGAGGAUCAUGUCUGCCUAUAAAAGUUGUACUGGAAAAAUAAAAUAAAAUAAAAAUUUGAAAAAGACCCUGCUGGGGCUCCUAAGCUUUUCCUGUGUGGCAGCCAGCCUCCAAAAUGUCCCCCAGUCAUUCUGCCGUCCUAGAAGUCACAUUGAGUAGGGCCGACUUGUGAUGCCUUGUGGCUUCUGUCUUAUCCUCUUGGAUCCCUUGCUUUGUGGGAAGCCAACUUCCACAUCACAAAGACACUCGGGCAGCCCUCUGGAGACAUCCGUGGGACAGGGAACUGAGACUUCCUGCCCACAGUCAUGUGAGUGAGUCAUCUUGGGAAGCAGGUCUUCCAAGCCCCGGUCAGGUGUUCAGACACCAUCCUCCAUGAAAGAUCCUGAGCCAGAACCACUCAGCAAAGUUGCUCCUGAGUUUUGGACACACACAGGUUAUAAGCUAAUAAACGUUUAUGGCCUCAAGUCACUUGGUUUAGGGAUAAAUUUGUCACCCAGCAAUAGAUAGCCUUUUGCCCAGGAAGAGUAGGGAAAGGGGAUUCAGGGUUUGUUAUGCUUUGCGCAGUCCUAGUCUUCGCUUCAAAAAAUACAUCAGAUGAAGUUCUUUGGUUGCAAGUAAUAGAAACCACCUCUGCCGAACAUAAGUUGAUUGGAGACUAUGGGUUUAUGGAGAGUUUAAGUCCGUGGGAGAGUCAAGGAAUCUAUGAGAAAGCCAAAGAAUCAGGGCUUGGAAAAGACAGGAAUCAAGGGCGCUCUGGUUAUCAAGGCAGCAGGAGCUAAUGGCCAGUCUUGUUCUUCAGUGGGGAUGUCUGAAUCUCGGCUAGUUUUUUUGUUGCUGUGGUUUGUUUCCCUACUGUGUUUUCUCUUUUAGUUCUGGAUGACUCAUCUAAAGAUUUUGAUUUUUUUUUUUAAUUUUAUUUAUUUUAAGUAAUCUCUACACCCAAGGUGGGGCUCAAACUCACAACGUAGAGAUCAAGAAUUGCAUGCUCUUCUAACUGAGCCACCCAGGUGCCUCUAAAAGAUUUAGAUUCUAAAAAGAGAGUGUCUUGGGGAGCCUGGGUGGCUCAGUCGGUUAAGCCUCUGACUCUUGAUUUCAGCUCAGGUCAUGAUCUCACAGUUUGUGAGUUCGAGCCCCGCAUCAGGUUCUGCUCUGACAGCACGGAGCCUGCUUGGGAUUCUGUCUCCCUUUUUCUCUGUCUCUCCCUUGCUUGCUCUCUUUCUCUUUCAAAAUAAAUAAAAAUAAAGUAAAAAAAAAAAAGUAAAUAAAGAGAGAAUGUCUUUUUAGACACCAGCAGUUAGAACUAACUGUGAUUGUGUUGCCAUUUGUUAGCCAGGAAUAGAUAGUCCCUCAAGAAUUAUAUCCAAUGCAGGAAGAGUCAUCCCCAAGGAAAAGUAGGAAGCUUUUUCCAGAAGAAGGGGUAAUGAAGAAACAACAGGUAUUUCCCACAGAAGGAGAUGCAGAAUACUAAUACUUAGGGUUUAUCGUGCACAUAUGUGAGCCUCGACCACUGCUGUGCCUCAUAUUAUGCUGGUAAACAUUGUAGUCCAUCCUUAUUCAAUUUCCAGAACCACAUGAGGAAGGUAGUCUCAUAUCUGUGUUACAGGUAGGGAAACUGAGGCACAGAAGAGUUGAUGAACUGUUCUGAGGUUAUAGUAUGAGGCAAAGCAAGGAUUUUAACUCAGGCUUAUGACAACCCAGAGCCCAAGGUCAACUCCUUACUGAGUGAUACAUCAGAGCUUCUGUUUCUAUGACACACAGGAUGGUUACAAGGAACUCUGGCUCGUGAGUUGAUAAAGCUGCUGCCACAUCCUCAGUUGGAGGAAGCCUGGGUUUUCAGACUGGGGGUUUUGCUGAAGACCGUGGGUGUGUGUGAAGGGAUGUCACACAUUUGAAAUAACCUCAAGUCCAUCCCCCAGCACUUUUGAGAGCACGGUGAAGUCAUAAAGGCCACAGAGGCCAACUGUCUAGACUCAAAACCCAGUUCUACUGCCUACUUAACCGUAUCUGCUUUACCUCAGUUUCCUCAUCUGUAAAAUGGGGAUGACAAUUGUUCGUGUCUCAGAGUGGUAAGGGUUAAAAUAGAUGAUGUAUGUAAAGUUCUUAAAACUGUGCCUGGCACUUAAAUGUUAUCGAUUACCGUUGUCACCACCACCGGUAAUUUCAUUCUUAGAAAUGGCGAUCUUGGUUGCAAAACCUAGAAACACACUCAGACUAAUUUAAGCCACAAAAGGAAUUUGUUGAAAGAGGUAGGCUGUCGUAGAUCCAAAGGGGAGGGCUUCCAGCUGAACCUUACAAGAGCUUGAAUCUGUAUCUGCAAACCCACCAAACCCACUCUUGUCCGUCUGAGACUGCAGUUUCUAACGUGUCUGCUCCCCUUGUCUUUCCUCUGCAGGCCAGCUUACUAUAUGAAAUUAUCUAGUGUACUUAUCCAUGUUUACUGCCUGGUUUACUCUAAAGAACCUGAGAUUAGGACUGGCAGGAAGUUUGUCUCAUUCUUGGUUACAACUGGUACCUGGCCUAUUGCCUGACAUGUAGUAGGGAAUCAAGUGACGAUCUUGCGAAGAAAAUAAGAGCCCCAUCCGUCAGACUAGUGUGUUCAGAAGUGACAGUCAUCAGCUGGUCCAACUCUGCCAAAUUCUAAUAGUUUCCCAGCAUUGCUUUCAUUGCAAGCUUCUCUCCUGCAAGAUAUGCAAUUGUAGUUAACAGUCUGGUCCACUGCCUGUAAUUUGCUUUGAAUCCAUCUAUCUAUGAUACAUAGACUUUUAAAAAAUAUUUUAUUUUGGGGGCACCUGUGUGGCUCAGUUGGUUAAGCAUCUGACUUCAGCUUAGGUCAUGAUCUCACAGUUUGUGGGUUUGGGCCCCUCAUUGGGCUCUGCUGAGAGCUCAGAGCCUAGAGCCUGCUUUGAAUUCUGUGUCUCCCCCUCUCUCUGCUCCUCCCCCACUCAUGCUCUGUCUCCCUCUCUCUCCAAAAAUAAAUAAAAACAUUAAAAAAUAUAUAUAUAUAUAUAUAUUUAACUUUUUUGAAGAGAAAUGUUAUUUUUAAGUAAUCUCUACACCCAACAUGGGACCCAAACCCACAACCCCAGAGUCCAGGGUCACAUGUUGCACCGACUGAGGCAGCCAGGCACCCCUCUGUGAGACAUAGACUUUUGACACAGACUCUAAAGUAAAGGAUGGGGACAAAUGGAAUAGUUCAAUAUAGAAGGAUGUGCAGUGGGAACUAAAAUUGGAUGUGGUAAAUUCAUCAGUUAAUAUAUUUGUCUAAUGACAUAAUUCCUACCUUCCCAGGGACUAAAGUGAUGAGUACUUAGAAAGUGAGGACCUCAGUGAUAGCAGGGUCCAGAGAGAGAGGCUUUUAAUCUGUUCAGAGGUGCCAGAAGGCUUUACAGAUAAACUGACCUUUGAACUGGGUCCUAAGGGAUGUGUAGGAGUUUCCCAGGUCUGUGAGGGUUGGAAGGGUAUUCCAAGCAGAAGGAGGAAAGGGGAACUUCACAAAGGUGGGCAUGAUUGGAACUAAGGGUAGGAGUUGAGGGGGCGUCAAAGUGGCUGAGAAAACAGGCAGAGGGAAAUUCCAAAUGGCCCUUCUUUGCCAGGUUAAGGGUAUCAGUGUGCCGUCUGAUGCAAAAAAAACAAACACAAAACCAAAAAACC